AUGGAACGUAACGACUUCGUGCCGUACUAUCGAUAUGGCCUCGAUGUGGGCACACACGAUCAUGUUCACGAGAAUAACAGCAUUGCGGAGAAGCUGUACAGCGAGGUGCGCAUUCUCUGCUGGAUAAUGACGAAUCCCGCCAACCAUCAGACGAAGGCGCGCCACGUGAAGCGCACUUGGGGUAAGCGUUGCAAUAAGUUGAUCUUCAUGAGCUCAGCCAAGGAUAAAGAGCUGGAUGCCGUGGCGCUGCCCGUCGGCGAGGGACGCAACAAUCUAUGGGGAAAAACAAAGGAAGCAUAUAAGUACAUCUACGAGCAUCACAUGAACGAUGCAGACUGGUUCCUCAAAGCAGACGAUGACACCUAUACGAUUGUAGAGAAUUUGCGCUAUAUGCUAUAUCCCUACAAUCCCGACACGCCCGUCUAUUUUGGCUGCAAAUUCAAACCGUUUGUUAAGCAAGGCUACAUGUCCGGUGGAGCUGGUUAUGUGCUUAGUCGCGAGGCUGUGCGUCGCUUCGUGGUCGAAGCUAUUCCAAAUCCGAAACUUUGCAAGAAGGACAACACUGGCUUCGAAGAUGUGGAAAUAGGCAAGUGCUUGGAGAAUGUUAAAGUUCUUGCGGGUGAUUCCCGAGAUACCAAUGGGCGUGGUCGCUUCUUUCCUUUUGUGCCGGCGCAUCACUUGAUACCUUCGUUUAUGGACAACGAAUACUGGUACUGGAAGUACAUCUAUUACAAAACCGAUGAGGCGAGUUUUUUCAAAUUCUAA